GAGAUUUUCCCCACUGUCUUCUUCGCCUUCGCCUUCGCCAUCCUCAGAAAUCCAUACAGAAGAUAAUAUUAAGCAUUUAUCUGAUAACAGUUUUAAAUAUUAUUGUCCAUUUCUAGAAUAUAUUUGACACCGUUAUUACCAUGUCCAGCUCGGACACCUCUCCUGUGAAAUCACGUUUUAGUGGGAGUGAUUUGGACUUUUUCUCUAAUCAGUUUGAUCCAUCAUUUACUGCCGAGAUUUCCAAUAGGAUGCGAGUUCCGAAAAAACUUCGUGUGGUGGGUGGACAUGAGGUGGAGGGUGGGGAUGAUAAUGUUGGGGGGAGUGGCGCGGGCAUCGGCGGUGGAAAUGAGGUUAACGGGAAUUGGAGAGCACGUCGCGAUGGGGGUGACAAAGCCCAAAUGCAAGUACCGGAUCGCAUCAUUGUCACAGGCCAAGAGCAACAUGUUGGGGCUAAAGCGAUGCCCAGAGAAUUGCAGUUGGAAACAGUUGUGAUGCCUCCAGACCCGGAAACCAUCAGAAUUCAGACGCCUCCGAGAUCAAUCACUCUGCAUAGUCAAAGCAGCAACGGACCCCAUCAAAACCAACAUUCUCGUAGAGGGGACAGUGACAGUUCCAACUACAAGUCAGAUGAUGAUGACGAAACGUUAACUGUGGAAAAGGAUGAUUCUGGUAGAUUUGGACUCCUCACUAGUGGUCAUGGUGGUGGAAUUAGUAGUGGAGGAGGGGGGAUGGGCUAUAAUAGUUAUGGAGUAGGACUUGCAAUUAGCAGUGGGGCUGGCGGUGGUGCCGAUUCAUCCGUCGCUGUUAUUCGCAGAGGACAACGAUCCGUUGCAAAUGCUUCUUAUGGAGAUCUGGAUGAAAAUGACGAAAUUGAUCAUCUUCGAGAGCAGUUGAGUCGUAUGAACAGACGAUUGUUAGCCGUAGAGGAAGAUUCUGUUGAACGUAAGGAGCGAGAGCGUUACCUUGUCAUGGCUGGGAUUUUGUAUGUUGCAUACAAAACCUGUGCUUGGCUUUUCAAAACCGGAUCGCCGCACCACUAAUUACAGUACGAUAAAUGGUGCAUAUAAAACAUAGACUUCGUGUUCGUCAUUAUACUGUUAUUGCCCUUAUAAUAUAAUGUCCUUCGGUCGUUCUCGAUCGUUUCCACAAAUAAACUUAUUAUUAUAGUUUAUGCUUAAAUGGAUCAAAAGACUAAAUAAGUGUAAUUAUUAAUCGUUGGAUUACAUAUAUAUAUUUAUAUUAGCAUAUCGCCAUUCAGUAGGCAAUAGUUAUUUACUAAUUUAUUAUUGCGUAUAUAUAAACGUACAAAAUAGUCGAAGCUCAUUAUCCCUGUAUAAGUUUGUGCAUCCGGUUUCUUGAAACUCUCAAAAAUGAAAUUGUAAAUGACAUUUCUCGUCAAAUAAAUAUAUCGAACAAAAUUAAUAAAACUGUACAACAAAUUAAA